CGGCACCGCGCGCGCCCCACGCGCCCCACGCGCCGCCGCCUCCUUGCUCCCCGGGGGCCCGAGGUGGCGCCCCCCUCAUCCGUCUCCCCCUCGCGUCACCAGACCUCGGCGCCUCGCCGUCGCCAUCGCCGGUGCGGCCAGCCAGCCAGCCCCGCUUCCCGGGUGCUCGCACGACGCGCGUCGCCACCGCGAAGGGUUUGCGCCCAGGGGGUCAACGGCCUGCAUCUCCCGGAGAUGCAUAGAAUAUUAUCGAGAGCCGCUCGCCGGUGCACCAAUUCCUCCGCGGCACUCAAGCCCCCACAAAUAGUACUGCAGAGCUUCUUCCUAGCAUCGCUAUGUUCUUUUCUUUUUCCCCCUCAGGUGUGCUCCUGCGUGUUUUGGGUGCUGAAGUUGCAAGUUUUGCAGGCGCUAGCCAAUGCGGUCACUGGAGUUCACUCCGGGGAGGCCUCAACUUGUUCAAACGAAUAUGAUGAGUUUAAAUGGAUGACCAGUUUUGCAAGUAGAUCCAUUCAAGCAGAUAUUGUCGGUGCUCUUCGCAGAGGUGAUCGGCAGCAAGCAUCCUUGUUGCUUUUGAAUCUUCAACAGACUAACAGGCCACUGACUUCAGAGGAUUUUCAUUAUAUAUUGGAGUAUUGUGCAACAGCACCUGAUCCUUUGUUUGUUAUGGAGGCUUUUGAACUCAUGGAAGAGAAAGCUGUACAUACGAGUCAAAUAGUACACAGAUCUGUCACUCGAGCUCUCAGCAAAGGCGGGUAUUCAAAGGAGGCAAUUCACUGGCUGACUCUUCUAGGUGAGAAAGACAGCAAUCACCUUUCUUUGCCAAUUUUUAACAUAUUUUUAAGCGGCUGCGUGAGUACCACAAAGCAGAGUGAUGUUGAAUGGUGUCUAGAGAAAAUGGAAACAUGUCUUCUUGGGAAGUCUGAAAUAACAUACUGUGAGCUCCUGAAGCUUGCAGUUUUUCGGAGAAAUUUACCUGCAGUUCAUGAUAUAUGGAAGGACUGCACUAGGAAUUAUCACCCAAGCAUCAUUUUGCAUAGGAAAUUUGUGAGGGCUUUAACUAUACUAGGGGAUCUUCAAUCUGCAUAUCGUAUCAUGCAGCAUAUGGUAGUCCUUGCUGGACGAAGCACUGACCAUAUGAGGGGGUCUUCUAAAGGAAGAUACCAAAGAUCAAGACUGGACAUUCCUGUACCUGCUUUGACUGAAUUAGAAGACCUCAAAAUUCUAUUAGGCUGUGACCUGCCAUCAUCAUUUCAAGGAAGGGUGGAGGAAUCUGAGAAAUAUUCAAUUGAUAUUCAACCUGAGCAGCCACAGGGGGAAACUCUGUCAUUGGAAAAUUUGCAGUUGAAGAGUUAUGUUGAAUUCAUUUCUACUGGUAACAAUCCUUCUGACAAAUUUGACCUAGACAAUGGGAGGAUGGCAAAACCAUUAGGAUCGGUACCAGCUACCAUAAAGAAGUUUUUGCGUUGUUCUUUCAAUGAUAUGAUACAUGCCUGUGUGCAACAGAACAAUUCCCAGAUAGCUGAGCAGUUAUUUCUAGAGAUGCAAAAGAUUGGAUUGCAGCCAUCACGAUUUACGUAUGAUGGUUUUAUCAAGGCUGUCAUGGCAGGGAAGGGAGCUGCAUAUGCCAUCAAAGUGAUUGAAGCAAUGGAGAGAAGGGGUAUUGAACCUUACAAUGACACACUUGCUGCUCUCUCAGUUAGCAACAGCAGAAGUUCACAGUUGGAUCUGGCUGAGGACUUAUUGGCAAGAAUAUCAAAGCCACGGCCAAAGUAUAUACAUGCUUUUAAUGAUUUGCUUGCAGGCUGCGACAUUAUGAAUGAACCAGAAAGAGCUGUGCGCAUACUAGCUGAAAUGAAGCAUCUGAAUUUGAAACCGAAUCUCAGGACUUAUGAGCUUCUUUUUUCUCUGUUUGGUAACGUCAAUAUUCCCUAUGAAGAAGGAAAUGUGCUCUCGCGUGUUGAUGUUUCCAAAAGGAUCAGCAUAAUUGAGAUGGACAUGUUAAACAAUGAAAUCCAACACAGUUUUGUGUGCAUGAAAAACCUGAUACGAGCUUUGGGAGCUGAGGGAAUGAUAGAGGAAAUGCUGAAGUACUUGAAUGUAGCUGAGAAUGUCUUAUGGAACAUGGACCCUUAUCAGAAAAGUGAUCUCUACUGCAUCGCUUUACAUGCUUUGGUCAAGGCCAGGGAUUUCCGCAAAGCAAUAAAAACUUUCAUGAUCAUGAGAUCAUGUGGACUUCCAGCCAAUGCUGCCACUUAUAGUAUUAUGAUAGAGUGCUGUAAAUUGUUGCCUUGUAUCAAAUCAGCUAACGCUUUGCUAUCCUUGAUGCUCCGAGAUGGGUUUUAUCCUACCAUUUUGACUUUCACAUCUCUUCUGAAGGUUGUAUUGGCAAGAGAGGAUUUUGAGGGGGCACUGGAUCUGAUGGACACAUGCAUAACAGAAGGAAUUCAGCCCGACAUUAAGAUUUUCAAUGCAAUACUCUUAGAGGCAUUCAGAAAGGGUCAGAUUCAUGUCAUUGAAUAUAUAGUUGAAUGUAUUCGCCGAGCUAAAAUCCAACCAGAUCAAUCAACUCUUUGGCACACAUUUUGUGCAUACGUGGAUCAGGAACUGUACAAUACUGCAAUUGAGGCAUUGCAAGUCCUGAGCGUGAGAAUGAUAUCCGAGGAGGCCGAUGUUCUUAAGGAAAAAGGAGUAAUUUUAGAAGAUCUAAUCCUCAGCGAAGCGCCAGAUGCUGAAUUACGGAUCAUGAAGACAUUUGAAGCAACUGAACAUCUUUCGACAGCCUUACUGAACCUGAGGUGGUGUGCAAUAAUGGGUUCCACAAUAUCAUGGUCACCAGAGGAUAGCCUCUGGGCGAGGAGGCUGGCAUCUUCUUAUGAUGGUAACAGAAGACCACAUAUAAUAACCAGCAUUGUGCCUGAGCGUUUUGUGGUUUGAUAAGUUUUUCCCGAAGGACCUGUAUAUACAUAUUGGCUGUCUUACUCCUGAGGGUUGAGGGCCCUAGUCCAAUAUUUAGGAGAAGCAUAUUUUCACAUCGAUUGGACUGCUCCCAUGCAAUCCUCCCAGCUUCAUCUGCUGUUCAGAGCAUCAGCAGCACUAAAUCUGUACCAACUUUAUUGACGGUGAUGAAAAGAUUGAACCCCACAGCAGCAGCAGCGGGUUUUUGGUGACAGCAAUGCAUGUCUUUUACAAGAGCAAGAGAUGAGUGUUGCCUUGUUACUAGCAAUAACUGCUGCUUAUGAGCCUCUGAGACUGACCUGUGAAUUUUGAUACAUUGUUGUAACGAAACCUGUCGGACACACUGAUAAAAAUGUUGUAGUUUUCCAUAGUGGAGAAGCACCCUAAAAACGAGAGAUGCACCGAGCAUUUUUUAUCGGCUAUUGUCAUGUAUACCAUCAAUACACUUUACUACUACCUGGUCUGGAGCCUGGUUCCACAAACUUUUUUUUUCUCUUCAUUUGUCCCAGCAAAGACUUUAUCUUUUGAGUAACUAAUGCAUUAAUGUUUAAUAA